GUUCUUAGUUGUUUUCAUCUAGCUCAGUGUUAAAUGCGAUUGAUAAUUUUUUUAGGAGUGAUUUUUAUUCUUAUUUAAAUUUCAUUAGAGUUUGAAUUAAAAAAAAAAAAUUGUAGAUAAUUUGCAGCAUUAAUGAUGAUAAAUAUGAUGAUACUCUGUUUCCGGCGAUCAGUUUAGAUGUCAAAAAUUCGUUUAGACUAUAAACUAUCUUUUUUAUUGUGAGAAAAUCUGAGGUUUGAAGUAGAAACUAAUGCUCUGAAAUAUUAUUACAAGCAGAAAAUAGGAAAGUAGAAUUUAUGCAGUGUUACUUCCUUAGCCUAUUUUUUUAUUUGAUAUGUAAAUUUAAUUCUUUUUUGAACCCUUAUCAUUUUUUUUGGAAACUUGUUUCUUUUGUAAUGAUUAAAUUUGGGAAAUUAUACUCAAAGUUGUUGGUUGUUUUGAGGCCUUGACCUAGAUUUACUCCUCAUGAAGGCGUAGGUAGUGACUACAUUGCCCUGAAUGCCAUCCAACGCCGGCAUGCAAAAGUUUCUACUGGUGACUACAUAUCUGUAAGCAGAUUUGUUCCUCCAGAUAAUUUUAACCUUGCAUUGCUUACACUCGAGCUAGAAUUUGUGAAGAAAGGAAGCAAGAAUGAGCAGGUUGAUGCUGUUCUUCUGACUAACCAGUUAAAAAAGAGGUUUGUUAACCAGGUUAUGACAGUAGGCCAAAGAGCUUCCUUUGAGUAUCAUGGGAAUAAUUAUAUUUUCACAGUCAAUCAAGCUGUUUUAGAGGGGCAAGAAAAAUCUAAUGGUGUUGAAAGGGGGAUGAUUUCAAAGGAGACAUAUAUUAUCUAUGAGGCAUCAAAUUCAAGUGGAAUAAAGAUUGUAAAUCAGCGCGAAGCUGCCAGCAGCAACAUCUUCAGGCAGAAGGAAUUUAAUCUCCUGUCACUGGGUAUAGGAGGCUUAAGUAAUGAGUUUGCUGAUAUAUUUCGAAGAGCUUUUGCUUCGCGGGUUUUUCCUCCUCACGUGACUAGCAAAUUGGGUAUUAAGCAUGUUAAAGGCAUGCUACUUUAUGGACCCCCUGGUACUGGAAAAACUCUUAUGGCCCGUCAAAUUGGAAAGAUGUUGAAUGGAAGGGAACCAAAGAUCGUAAAUGGCCCUGAAGUUCUAAGCAAAUUUGUUGGUGAAACGGAAAAGAAUGUUAGGGAUCUGUUUGCUGAUGCUGAGAAUGAUCAACGGACUCGUGGUGACCAAAGUGACUUGCAUGUCAUAAUUUUCGAUGAAAUUGAUGCAAUCUGUAAGUCAAGAGGAUCAACUAGAGAUGGUACAGGAGUUCACGAUAGCAUUGUCAAUCAGCUGCUCACGAAGAUAGAUGGCGUGGAGUCUCUAAAUAAUGUUUUGCUUAUUGGAAUGACCAACAGAAAAGAUUUACUCGAUGAAGCCCUUUUAAGACCGGGACGCUUGGAGGUUCAAGUGGAGAUUAGCCUUCCAGAUGAAAAUGGCCGCUUGCAGAUUCUUCAAAUCCAUACAAACAAGAUGAAAGAGAAUUCUUUUCUUGCCCCUGAUGUUGACCUUCAAGAACUUGCUGCUCGUACAAAAAACUAUAGUGGGGCUGAGCUUGAAGGUGUUGUGAAAAGUGCAGUAUCAUUUGCUUUGAAUAGACAGCUAAGUAUGGAUGAUCUUACAAAGCCAGUGGAUGAAGAGAGCAUUAAGGUUACCAUGAGUGAUUUUCUGAAUGCACUACAAGAGAUUAUUCCUGCAUUUGGAGCCUCCACUGAUGACCUUGAGCGGUGCAGACUUAAUGGCAUAGUGGACUGUGGUAAUCGUCAUAAACACAUUUAUCAAAGAGCCAUGCUGUUAGUGGAACAAGUUAAAGUGAGUGUAGGGAGCCCACUCCUCACCUGCCUACUAGAAGGACCAAGUGGCAGUGGUAAAACUGCAUUGGCAGCUACUGUUGGCAUUGACAGUGAUUUCCCUUAUGUCAAGAUAGUCUCAGCCGAAUCAAUGAUUGGUCUGCAUGAGAGUACAAAAUGUGCACAAAUUGUCAAGGUGUUUGAGGAUGCAUACAGGUCACCUUUGAGUAUCAUAAUCCUUGAUGACAUAGAAAGGCUAUUGGAGUUUGUUGCAAUUGGACCUCGUUUUUCAAAUUUAAUUUCACAAACACUUCUGUCCCUCCUCAAACGUCUUCCUCCUAAGGGAAAGAAACUUCUCGUGUUAGGAACAACCAGUGAAGUGAGCUUCUUAGAAUCAAUUGGCAUUUGUGAUGGUUUCUCAGUCACUUAUCAUAUUCCGAAAUUGGAGACAAAGGACGUAAAGGAGGUGUUAAAGCAAUUGAACGUAUUUGCUGAAGAUGAUAUAGAUGCAGCUGCUGAGGCCCUGAAUGAUAUGCCUAUCAAGAAGGUCUACAUGUUGAUUGAGAUGGCGGCUCAAGGAGAGUAUGGUGGAGCUGCAGAGGCAAUCUAUUCUGGUAAAGAAAAGAUUAAGAUCGCUCACUUCUAUGAUUGCCUUCAGGAUAUGGUGCGAUUCUAGUUUGUCACCAUUUUAGCCUUUCCUUCAACCUGUAUCGUCUUCUUGUUUUUGGUGAAUGCAUCUUAUUUGUCACACUCUACUAGCCGUCUGGCAAUGAGUGAAAAAUUAUCGACUGUCGUCAAAAGUGUGGAUUUAGGCUUUGUAAAAUUGAUUGUGACCUUUUAUGGUUUGUCACAAACAAAUUGGGUUGGACUAAUGGCUCAUAUUUUGAUAGACAUGUUUGUCAUAUUCUGAACAUGCCAGGCUUUCCCUCUAUGUUUACAGUGAAAUUUCUCA